UCCAGCGCUGACCAGCGCCAGUUCUGAUUGGAACGGCCUUCCGAGCGGUACACACACCGUACUCCGCUGCAUACUCUUCGAUCCGGAGCACAGAUCAUCGAUCCGUUAGGAUGAGGAUGUUACGUCUGCAGUUGAUGGCCCUGCUUGUGGGCCUGCUCCUGGCGCUGAUCUCAGCCGAUCCUGUGCCGCAGGACACGGAGGUGGCGCGGGAGAAGCGCGGCACUAUCACCCUGGACUUUGGCCUGCUCCUGCGGAACCUGCUGCUCAAGAGCGCCCAAUUGUCCUCGGCCAAGGCCAAUCUCGCACGGACCACCCGUCGUCCGCCGACCACCACCACGACGACCCCACCACCGCCUCCGCCUCCGCCACCUUCUCCGAUACGCAUUCGUAAGCCCAUCUGGCAUCCGUUCUUCAGUUCCGGCUUUCUGCCCAGGGACUACGAUGUGGACUACGCUGAUCCUCCGGCACCACGACCUCCAGCACCUCCGCCGCCCACUGCGCAACCGCCUAGACGCGUCCGACCGCAGGUACGCCCACGCCCUCGCCCAACGACACCGCCACCGCCUCCUCCGCCGAACUAUGACUACGACUAUGACUACGAUGCACAGCCUGCAGCGCCAGCUGAAGCUGCACCGCCUCCACCACCUCCUCCGCCGCCGCCCACAGCUCCGCCACGCCCAAGGCCACGGCCGCGCCCACGGCCACAGCAGCCCGAUCCUCAACAGCGGCGUCCCGCUCAGCUGGGAGACCGCCUUAUCUAUCAGUACGCACAACCUACUGAUACCUUCUUUAGGUCGCGAGCCGUGGCGGAGGCGACGGCGACGGCGGCGGCUGACCCAGACACCGGAGACGUAGAUGGCUCCCAGGCGGACUCAGUUGCGGAUCCGGAUGCGGCUGCCUUUCCUGCUACUGCUGCUGGGGCUGGCUCCGAACCAGCUCCUCCCCCUCCAAGUGCUCCGCGAUUUUUGGUCAACUACCAGAGCGAAGAUGACUUUGGGCCAACGUUCGCCGGCCAGCGGGAUCAGGAUGCGGGUCAGGAUCAGGGUUCAGCAGGGGCUCCUGGAAUUCCCGCAUCAUCCCAAGGCUACUUUCCGCCCCUCGAGCUCGGCAACCAGAAUCGCUUCCCGACUUUCAAUCAGCAGCAGUACUUCUAUAACUAAGCGGUAUAGUUUCUCAUUUUAGCAUCGUGUGGCAAUAAAAU